CGCAUGGCCUCCGCCAACAGUCGCCCCGUUGUCCUGGUGACGAAACGACGUUACGCGCAACGGGCGAGAUGGUGAGACAUGUUGAACGCCCUGCAUGGGCACCUGGAUCGUUGGAGAGACGCAGCACAGCUGCUGGAGGAGGCCCACUCUUCACGUGCUUCUGCGAACACUGGCGAGCGAGCGCUACGGAGCUUUGCGAGAGCCAGACACUGGCUGCGGGCCGUGAAGUGUUGGGACUGGGACGGCCUCAUCGACCGCAGCUUCGGUGAAGUCGUCCAGGCACUCCCGACCUGGUGGCUGACUCUUCACUACUUAACGACCUUUGGAGGUGGCAAUAUGGUCACUUGCACCACCUCAAUACGAAAAUGUGAAACUUCGUGGCAGCAGGCCACCAAUCUUCUGCAGUCCUUGCAGUCUUCCCGCAUUCGCUUGGACGCACAGGUCUUUGGAGCUGCCUUGGUCUCCUUGGUCUCCGUAAAAAAGAAGAGCUGGCAGGCUGCUGUGCAGUUGGUGGAGGAGAUGACUUGCGUGGCUUUGGAGAAAAACGUCAUCAUCCGGAGUGAAAUGAUGCGUGUGUUGUCUUCGGAGUGGUGGAAGUCGGCAGAGCUUCUGGUUGACGCAGAUCUGGUGGGUUUUAGCACCCUGAUCGAUGCUUUUGAGAAGGUGGGGGCCUGGAUCCAAGCUGCCACACUCUUGGCGCAGCUGCGAUCGGAGGGCCUGCGGCUGGAUCAGGUGCUGCUGAACAGCUGCUGCAGCGUGGCUCAAAAGGCUGCCGUGUGGCGUCAGAGUCUGCAGCUUCUGCGAUCAGAGUUGUUGCAGUUGACGCCCAACUUGCUGACCUACAGCGCCAGCAUCUCCGCUGCGGGGGCCACUGGUGGACACUGGACUCAAGCGUUACACAUCGGAAACCGAGCGCGACAGACUUUGAGGUCUCUGGACACCGUGAUUCACAACGCCAUGAUCAGCGCGGUGGAGAAGGCCAGCUUUCAAUGGCCUCAAGCUUUCCAGAUCUAUUCCAACUUGAGGCCAAGCACUGUGACCUGCAACGCCCUGCUGAGCGCCUGUGAAAAUGCUCGAGCAUGGGAAAGAGCUUUCGUCACGGUCGACGUUUUGCAAGGUAUGGGGUUAGAGCCGCAGCUGGUGACCUUCAAUGCAGCCAUCAGUUCCUGUCAGGGUAGCCCUUGGCCACGAGGGUUGAAAGUGUUGGAAGAAAUGACACUAAGGCAGUACCUGCCGGACGACGUUACCAUGGAUGCACUGGGGGCGGUUUGCAAAACAACCUGGCAACAGGCGAUGUAUGUGACCUCCGGAACCGCUGGCAGCGCCAGCGCCCGCGCGGUGAGGACGGCGGUGGUGGCGCGGGAGCAAGGCCGAAAGGAUGCCGUUGGAAGCGUCAGGUUGAUGUCUCAGCUCUCGGACCCCAGCAAAUUGAGCAACUUGACGUGACCACCAACUUGCAGGAGGCAGAAAGCGGCGACGAGG